UUGUUUGAGUCCGUUCAACAGAAAAUCCGGACCGUUAAAGAAGAAAUUGAACGAGAGAAUCUUUCAGAAGAUCAGUUGAACGCACGUCUUAAAUCAGAAAAGAUCAAAAUCGCCCUGGAGAAGAUCAAGGAGGCAAAUGUUAAGAAGCUGUACGUGAAAAUUUUUACUAAAGACGGUGGCAGCAAAAGCAUCCUUGUCGACGAACGAUGGACAAUCGCCGAUGUUUUGUUUCACCUGGCAGAGAAACAUCAUAUUAUCCUCGGCCUUAAUCACGCUAUUAUCGAGUACUAUCCUGAUCUGUACAUGGAGCGUAUCUACGAGGACCAUGAGUAUUUGGUAGAAAAUAUUUUAAUGUGGACGCGUGACUCCACCAAUAAAUUGGUGUUUGCGGAACGGAGGGAAAAGUACGACUUGUUUCUGUUGCCAGAAAAGUACCUGCUUGAUAAAGCGCACGCCGAUAAGCGUGACUUUUCGCCGAGGGCUCGCCAAGAGCUAGUUAAAGAUUUCUUUGCUCCUUCGCAAAUUCAGCCGCCAGAAACAGAAGGCGUCCUCUACUUAAAGUCGGAUGGUAAAAAGUCUUGGAGGAAGCACUACUUCGUUCUGCGAAGUUCCGGUUUAUACUACAUUCCAAAAGGCAAAUCAAAGGCCCCUAAAGAUCUUACGUGUCUUAUGCAGUUGGACAUGGUAAACGUGUACACAGCGGUGAAUUGGCAAAAAAAGUUUAAAGCGCCCACGGAAUUCGGGUUUGCGCUUAAGGUAUAG